AUGGAAUCUGUUUCAACUUACCCAUGCUUGAACAAUUUACGUCCAUGUCAACCUAAUUUUGAUCUACUUCCUGAUGAUGUCAUUUCAAAAAUCAGUAAUCAGUUUACUUCUUUUGAAGAUGUUACAGCAUUAUCAGGUGUUUGUCGUCCAUGGCGAUCUGCUUGUUUUAACAUGCGCUGCACCCAAAGUUUUUUCAGUUUUGAUCGGAACAAGCUUUAUGAACUGAAGCUACCUCAGGCUUAUGGAAAGCGAUGUCAUGGUUCUCCCCAUGGAUGGAUUGUGACUAUGGACUCUGAUUUACAAGUUCACCUUUUACACCCAAUCUCUCAAGCUCAACUCAACCUUCCAAAACUCAACACAAUUCGGAACCCGAUAGGUAUGCCUGUGGCUGCUGAUCCUUUUAGGUUCAUUCACAAAUGCAUUCUACUCAAGCCUUCCGAGGAUGAGUUUCUUGUUAUGGUGAUAUUUGGGCCAAGGCAUUGCUUGGCUUUCGCUAAACCAGGAUUUGUUCAGUGGAAGACUGUUGUAGGUGUGAAUGAUGUCCAGGAUUUGGCGCUUUUCAAGGGUCAAAUUUAUGCCAUUUGUGGAAGAGGAAGGGUUAGACGUUUUGAAUCUGAUGAUCCUGAAUCUGCAACAAAGAUUAUUGCAUGCUAUCCUCCGGAUGAUAUAGUAAGAGUUGACAAGAUCUAUCUUCUGGAGUCAUCAGGAGAACUUUUGGCGGUUUUCCGAAAUGGAUCCAGCAAUCUCUUUGAGAAGAGGUGUAAGACGAAAAGUUUCUUGGUUUACAUGCUUCAGUUUGAUGUUAAUGGUGAUGCAGAGAUAUGGAAGAGAUUAAAUGAUAUAGGAGACUAUGCAUUAUUCGUUGGUGAAGGUAACUCUUGGUCCAUUCAAUCGGCCAAGAUCCCCAAUUGCAACAGUAACCGUAUAUACUUCACAGAUGAUAAUUGGGAGCAACAUGGAGUUCAUGACAUUGGUGUGUUUUACAUGGUGAAUCAGAGAAUUGAGUCUCUUGAAUUUGGUUCAGACUCUACUCGUUAUCAUUCCAGGCCGAUAUGGUUCACUCCUACACUCCGAUUUUCACAAAAAUCAGAGCAUCUAAGACAAUUAUGA